GUUACAUCGUCAGUCAUCUUCUUCCAUUUAAAGACGAAAUAGAUUCGCAGAACAAAGAAAUCAAAUCACUCACUUGCAAGGAAGAAGAAGAAGAAGACCAAAGAGAGUAAGUAAUGGCGAAGAUCAAACCUCAAGCAUUGUUGCAGCAAAGCAAGAAGAAGAAAGGACCGUCUCGGAUAAGCAUAACCAACAUCGUCAUUUACACUUUGGCUGUGCUUUUGCUUGUCUUUGUUCUCUUCUCUGCUUACAGACGUUGGACUCACAGAUCUGAGAUCCCAACGCACAAUGGUAGAUCAGUUCUUGAGGAUGCAGCCUUCCCUGGAAUGAAGAAUGUUGAUCUUCCGCGGUUUGCUACCUUAGAUACGGGCAAAGGUUCAGUGACCAUUGAACUCUUCAAGGAUACUGCUCCCAAUGUGGUUGACCAGUUCAUGAAAUUCUGUCAAGAUGGGUAUUUCAAAGGUUUCUUAUUCAGUCGAGUUGUAAAGCAUUUUGUGAUUCAAGCCGGUGACUCUGCGGAGUUCGAUGCUGUCAAAGAUUGGGCACUCGACAGAAAGAACAUUGAUACCAGUUUGAAACAUGAAGAAUUCAUGGUGGGAACUCCUAAAGCUAAAAACGAGCAAGGAGGAUUCGAGUUCUUCAUUGUGUCUGCUCAGAUCAAAGAUCUGAACGAGAAAUUGACUGUCUUUGGUCGAGUUUCUAAAGGACAAGACGUUGUUCAGGAGAUCGAAGAGGUUGAGACAGAUGAUCAGUAUCAACCAAAGUCGCCAAUAGAGAUCAUGUCCGUCACUUUGCUUCAAGACAUGUAAAAGCUUUUUUACUUCUUGUCUCUCUCUCUUGUAUGAAACUCAAGUGAUUUUUCUUGUGAAUUUGAAACCCUUUUUAUCAUCUAUUUUCCAUAUC